CCUUUUUCUGUUUUCAUGUUUUUCAGUGUAGUUCUUUUUCCUGUGGCCUUCACCUUCUUCAUCACAUGGUGGUUCGUUCAGUUUGUUGAUGGGUUUUUCAGUCCACUAUAUGCAAAAGUUGGAAUCAACAUAUUCGGUCUUGGUUUUCUGACUUCUCUGGCAUUCAUAUUUCUGGCUGGAAUAUUUGUUUCUUCAUGGUUGGGUUCAACUGUCUUCUGGGUUGGAGAAUGGUUCAUCAAGAAAAUGCCAUUUGUAAAGCACAUAUAUUCGGCAUCAAAGCAAGUCAGCACUGCCAUUUCACCAGAUCAAAAUACAACAGCAUUUAAAGAAGUUGCGAUAAUUCGGCAUCCACGUGUUGGUGAAUAUGCAUUUGGAUUUAUAACAUCAAAUGUUGUCCUUCAGACAGACAAAGGCGAUGAGGAACUGUGUAGUGUUUAUGUGCCAACAAAUCAUCUAUAUAUUGGUGAUAUAUUUCUGUUGAACACUGACGAGAUCAUCAGACCAAACUUAUCCAUUCGAGAAGGAAUUGAAAUUAUCGUUUCUGGAGGAAUGACCAUGCCACAGGUGAUAGCAUCACUCGAACCCAUCCCAAAGAAGAGCCAGAGCAUCCGCCUAAAUAGAAUAAUGACAUGAAGAAAUAUGAGUUGUUAAUACUACGAACUCGUGGAUGCGUGGAUGGGCGACUCAGGUGCUGGUCUGUUUGUGCUGUUCGUAUGUAAUGUGUUACAUGUUGAGGUUGGAUUUGGGAAUGUGAUGAACAAGCUGGACUUAAGCAUCAUAUCGACGCCCUGGAAUACUAUCAUAUGACACCUGUUCCUCUUCUCUCUGUUAGCUGACU